UAUGAAUCAAAUAAAUCCAGAUUAAAUCUUAACACCAGAAGAGAUCAAAGCAGCAAAGGAUGCCUUUGAAGCUUAUGACAAAAUGGGUUAUGGUACAUUAGAAGUAGAAGAGUUAUAGAAAAUACUUGAAGAAUUUGGACAUAAACCAAGUAAAGAGGAAUUAUAAUAAAUGAUUAAUUAAGUUGAUGUGAAGAAUAAAGGAUUCAUAGGUAAAUUAAUAAAGUAGAAUUAAGAUUUUGAAGACUUCAAAAGAGCUAUAGCUAUUUAUAAGAUCAUAGAAGAAGAUAAUGAAGAAGAUGAUACAUGUAAGUUAAGAAUUACAUUUAAAUAGUGGAUGCAUUUGUAGCUAUGGGUGGAAAUGCUGAUAAGUCUGGGACUGUAGAUGCAACAAAAUUAAUAUAAGUAAACAUAAUAAUUAUAUAGAUUAUUAAAUCUGAUUUUAAGAUGACAAUUGAUAUUGAAGUAAAGAUGCAUAAAUAUCUACUUAGAGAUUGAUUAAUGAAAUGGAUCGUGACAAAUCAGGUUAGAUUUCUUAUUAAGAAUUUAAAAAUUUACUAUCUGAUUGAUAAAGUG